UAGUAUUCUGUACCUUUAAAUGCAAUAUAUGAAUCGAGAGCAUUUGUAAUUCAGUUACUUGAAAAUAAAAAAAUUUCCCAAAAUUUGUAUCAUUACAUCAAAUUGAUUGAUAAUCUCCCAAUGUAAUUGAAUUGAUCACCAAUUACCUUUCAAUUUGAUUUAAUGAUUUUCUUUCAAUUGUUACUUUCAAUCAGUUGACAAAGUUUUCCUUUCUCAUUUUAAUCAUAAUUAUCAUCAUCUUCCCGCCAUUAAUGAUACAAAUAUAAUCAUUUUGUUGUUACACUUGAAAUUAAUCAAUUUUAUUUGAUAAUCAUGUUGAUUCUUACUAAUUAACUUAUCCGAUGUUUAAAAUGAACUGAUUGUCUGAUCACCAUGAGUUGAUUAAUUGUUUUCUCUGGAUAUAUAAAUUAAGUGAUCUCACUGUUCCAAGUGAUAAUUAUUAAGGAUUAACUAAUAAUGGCUUGUAAAGUAUCGUUAAUUGUUGGCCUGUUAAUUUUACUUCCAAAUGAAUAUGUUACUCAGGACAGAUUAACACCAGAGAUUAAGGUGGAGGAUGAAAAGGUUUACAUUGGAUCUGAUGUUACUUUAAACUGUAACAUUGAUCAAUCCUUUUCAAAUUAUCUUAAAGUUUCAACCUGGUUUACCGAUGAUGGAUUAAUAUUUCUUGUACCAACAACACUUUCAACCUCAUCCGAUUCCGAAGGGAUUCGACCUCGAAGAAGACAAAUAGUUUUGACCAAUGGAGCUCUUUUCAUAUACAAUAUAACCCAACGUGAUGUUGCGAGAAAAUAUCGUUGUCAAGUGAGAAGUUUAUUAACGGGAGAGCGAAUCGAUUCUAUCGGCUGGUCAUCUCUUAAUAUAAUUGGUCCUUCGAAAAGUUCAUCACCCAUAGUAAACUCUGAGAGACCCAGUAAUAAAUAUAUUCGAGCCCAAGAAGGUGAUAUUUUGAUUCUUAAUUGUCCGAUAAUUGGUUUCCCUCGGCCAACAAUUAGAUGGUUUAAAUAUAAUGAUAAUUUCAUAAUCUCUGGAGAUGGUACCAGUUUUAGUGGUAAUAAUAACAAUAAAGGGGAUGGUAAUUAUAAUAAUAAUAAUAAUGGUUAUAUUAACACUAUUGAUGGGGAACAACUUCCGGUAACAUCUCAUCUCUAUCCGGAAUCCAUUAUGGUUAUACCUCGACUAACAUCUCGUGAUUCCGGAAGAUAUCAAUGUACUGGUAACAAUACAUUUGGUCAGAAUCAUUUUGAAAUGACCAUUAUACUUAAAAAAGACCAAAGUGUUUCCAUAAUUAGUAACAAUCCUGAGCCAAACCUUGGGAGUGAUGUAACUUUGAAUUGUUCCCUGCAUACAUCAACCCCUUCAAUCAACAAUAUCAACGGAUUUGAAUAUCAUCAUUUCAAUGAUCGAUCAAAUAAAAUUAAUAAUCAUAAUCCAAGUAACAACAACAACAACAACAAGAAAACAAGCAAUAUAAUCAUCAAGGAAGUGAAAUGGUUUAAAAAUAUGAGCCAAUUAUCCCAUGAUAAUAGGAUAUCAAUCAAAGAUGCUCAUCAGCUGACAAUCCGUUCAAUUCGCUAUACAGAUAAUGGGAUUUAUCAAUGUUUCAUCAAAACUUAUGAAUUUGAAGGAUCACAUCAUGAGAAAUGGCAUCAAGCAAGUAUAACACUUAAAAUACCAGAGAAAGGACCAACUUUUGGAACUGUUUUCCCGGAACAGAUAAAAAUCACCGGAACCCAAUUAUCACUCAAAUGUCUUGCCUAUGGGUCACCUAUCCCUUCAUUAAGAUGGACCAUUGAUGGUAAACACAUUGAUAAUGGUCUAUCUCGGAGUAAUCUUUAUGGCUACAUGACAACAGAUGGAAAAGGAUUCACAUCAUUUCUCAAUAUAUCAUCACUAACAGUUCAGGAUGGAGGUACUUAUGAAUGUUCAGCUGAAAAUUCAGUCGGUUCUAUAUCACAUUCAGCAAGAAUUGAUAUAAUGGGCCCGCCGGGUAUUAAACCAAUGGAUAACGUGACUGCUAUUAUGGGUCAAACAUAUCAACUUUAUUGUCCUUAUACCGGAUAUCCAGUUGAUGAAGUUUAUUUUACAAAAGGUAAUCGACGUUUACCUUUCGAUGAGAGGCAUAUUCAUGUUGGUUUAGGCAAAAUAAAUAUUCUCUCAGUUUCCAAGGAAGAUGCUUCAUCGUAUAAGUGUAUUGUCUCAUCGCUUAAUGGUGAACGAUAUGAGAGCAACAUAUAUCUUCAUGUAGUAGCUCCUCCUAUUUUGAGCCCGUUUGCAUUUCCGGGUAGCCUUGAGGAGGGUAUGCGAAUAUCAAUCAUGUGCUCUGUGAUUGCUGGGGAUCCACCGAUAACUAUAACCUGGUUAAAAGAUGGACAUCAACUAUAUGAUCGUAGUGGACCUAAUCCAUCAAUUCAUCUCGUCUCCUUGACUGAAUAUGUUUCCUCUUUAAUCAUUGAGAAUCUCAAUAAAUCUGAUUCAGGUAACUAUACCUGUUCAGCUUCAAAUGCUCAUUCAUGGACCAGUUAUUCUGCUCAAUUAGUUGUUAAAUCAAAGCCUCAUUUUACUUUGUCACCAAUUGCAAGAACAUCAAUCAGUGAUUUACCUGUUUUAUUUAACUGUCAAGCUGAUGGAGUUCCAAGUCCAGUUAUUAGGUGGAAAUUUCAACGUUCAUUUGGACCAAGUGAACCAAUUGCAAUUCUAUCAAGUCCCAGGGUUCAUGUACUCGAAAAUGGUUCACUUCAUAUAAGAACUGUUUCCCCGGAAGAUGAAGGUACCUAUUUGUGUGAAGCAUCAAAUGGCCUAGGAAAAUCAAUCUCAGUCUCAGCAUUUCUUAAAGUCCAUGAGCCACCAAAGAUCCGUCCAGUUACAUCUAAAUCAAUAAUUAAAUAUCAUGAACGGGCUGAGCUAAUCUGUCAAGCAUCAGGUUCAGUUCCCAUGGUCAUCGAAUGGUUUAAAAACGGUAAUCCGAUUCAGGGUGAUGAUGAUGGAGGAUCCGGUUCAAAGUUAACAUCUAAUUAUGGUGUAAGAGAGGAAGAUGAUGCUAAGUUUAAAAUUUCAAUACUAACAAUACAUUCAUCAAAUCGUAAUGAUUCAGCUUUGUUCAUUUGUAAUGCAAUCAACUUUUAUGGUUCAGCUCAGACAAUUAUCAAAGUAAUUGUUCAGGAACCCGCUGAUCCACCAGAUAAUUUAAAAGCAACUCAGAUUAAAUCAAAUUCUGCAACAGUUUCAUGGUCAGUUAAUUAUAAUGGUAACUCACCAAUUCUUGGAUUUCUUAUUGAUUACAGAACUGCAUCCGAAACUUGGACAUCAGGAAAAACUUUAUACAUUAGUGAUACUACAGCAAAUACAGCAAUCAUCAAUGAUUUGAGUCCAUCAACAUCAUAUUAUUUUAGAAUAGCUGCUGAAAAUAUUAUCGGAAGAAGUGAAUUUAGUCAAGAACUAUUUUUUAUAACUCGCAUGGAAGCUCCAAAAGUUGUGCCUGAAAAUAUAACUGCCGUGCCUUUAGAUUCCAAGUCUAUACGAAUUAGUUGGAUUCUUCGUCGUUCAAUGAACGAACUAGAUAAUCAUUCUCGAAGAGGGACAAUUGAUGGUUUUUAUAUCGGCUAUAAACCAGUCUCGACUCAAUUAUCUUUUACAUUUAGUACAAUGCAUCUACCUGACAAUGGGAAUGUUGAAAAUACAUCAUCCGAUGGAUUGAUUCACGUUUCAUCUUCUGCUACUUCCUACUCCUCAUCUUCAUCGGAAGAAUCGAUUUAUUCAAACACGAAUGUUUAUCAUAAUCGAGAUUUGAACAAAUUUCAAACAACAAUUUAUGCACUAAAAAAGUCAACUAAAUAUGCGAUAAUUGUACAAGCAUUUAACAAGGAAGGUGAAGGCCCUUAUUCAGACCAAAUAGUCGUUGAAACUUUUGCUAAUGAUCCACCUAAAGCUCCAAAGUUGUCUUUUGAAAGUUCAACUAGUGAUAGUGCCUCACUCAUCUGGUCUAUUGGUCAUCAUGCUGAUCAAUUAUCUCCCGAUUCAAUUCAUGGUUUCAUCUUAAGCUAUCGAUGUAAUAAAUCUGACCCGGAAGUUUAUGAUGAUAUACGUUUACCUAAAAAUUAUCGACGAUACCAUUUAUCUAAUUUACUUUGUGGUUCCACAUAUAUAGCCAAGUUAUGUGCCUUUAAUGAAGUUGGUAAAGGUGAACCAAGUAACGAGAUUCAUUUCAAAACUGAGGGAUCAGUUCCAAAAUAUCCAGAAAAAGAUGCAUUCAUUACAAUUAAUAUUACCAUGGUUACUUUAUGGUUAGCAAAUUGGUCUGAUGGUAAAUGUCCGAUAGACUAUUUUGAGGUGCAAUAUAAGCCACAAUUUCAACCUGAAUGGAUUCUACAUUCCAAUCGGAUUCUUCCUGAUUCUAGGAAGACAAAUAUCACUGAGAUAAUGCCAGGAACUUGGUAUGACCUUUUGGUUAUUGCUAAGAAUGAGGCUGGAACCACAGAAGCAAAAUAUUUAUUUGCAACUCUUGAUGUUACUGGGGCAACUGUUGCUCCCCUGUUAUUCAAUGAUUCAGGGAAAUCAAUGAUGGAAGGCCUUCUUAUCCUGAUUCCAUCGAUAAGUGCAAUUAUUGUUCUCAUUUUAGUUGCUCUUUUUGCAAUUUAUAUCGUUUUCCUGAGACCCCAAAGAGAUUCUGGACAAAGUGACCUUUAUGGGACUCACCAGGGUGCUGAUUCAGUUUCCCUUCAUUCAUAUAACAAGGCAACUAAGGGUGAACCUUUGUAUGAUCAUCAAAGAGUCUAUUGUACAUCAGUCUAUUCAACUGGAAACAAUACUGUCAACAAUGACAAUCUUGAGAUUCGUGAUAAUCCAGGUCAAUUACAAUGUUCAUUAGAUGAUGAAUAUCAUCGUUUUGUUUUGGAUAAUCGGGUUCCAAGGAAAGGAUUUUACGAUCAUAUUUAUGAUGUUCCACAUAGACAUCAGAAAAUAUUCACUGGUCUUCAUUAACAUUGUUCUUAUCCGAUUGUAAGAAUUGAAAAUAACCAAUUGAAUCAUAAGAAAAAUCACAAAGUGACAAUACUCAAAUACAACAUACACACACACAAGAAUCAAAACAUUUCCAACUUAGGAAAAUGUUAUCAUCAUUAUGAGAUAAAUUAUUGAUAGAAAAGUAAAUUUCAAUCUUCUGAUACCAAAUUCAUGAGAUUUCAUGAAAUUUUUUGACGUAAUAUUCAAAUAAUAUAAUCAAAGGUAGUUCAUAACCUUGAAUAAUUGUAUCGUUUGAAGUCUUAUAACAUUUAAUUAUCACUAAUGUCAUGUAAUUGAACUCUAUUGUACAUUAUUUAUUACAUAUUGAUGAUUUAACUGUACAAUUAAAUCAAGUUAAAACCAUUGAUUGAUCAAUCAAAUUAAAUGCUUGAUAAAUCUUUGCAUGAUCUUCACUGAUAUAUAUUAAUGUAUAAAUUUUUGUC